AUGGACUUCAGGGGAUUUAAUAAAUUUAGAAAACAUUUAAAUCGAGAUCAUUCUAUAGUUUAUAAUAAUUCCAAUUCAAAACCUGGUAUAAGUACAAAUUUGCCUAAAACUCAAGUACCAGAAAACUCUGAAGUUCAUAAUCCUUCCAUAAAUAACAUUAUCUUAGAUCCUAAUACUUCAGAUAUUGAUAAAACAUAUGAAAAUAAAAUAGAUGAAGAUUUUAAAAAUACAAUAUUACAAAGUGUAAUGAGAUUUGUGGUUGAUUUGCAAUCAAAACCAAAUGUAACUAGGUCUCUGUUGCAAAAGAUAGUUACUGACACAGAUGAUUUAAUUACUAAUGGAAUAAUAAAUAAACUAAAAAUUAAAUUAGAGCCACUUUUAAAGUCUUGUGAUCCUGUUCAAAAACACGAAAUAGAUAAAUUGUUUGAAGUUUUAGAAAAUCCAUUUUCUAAAUUGAAUACUGACCAUUUAAGAAUGAAAUAUUUAGAGGAUAACAAUUUAUUUUUUAAACCUCAAACAAUAAAUGUAGGUUAUUGCAAAGAAAAAAAAUGUGUAAAUGGAGUUGAAAAAUUGUUAAUGGUUCCAGUAGAAGGUCACUUAUUAUCCUUAAAAAAAAAUUUAAAAUCUUUUUUUGAACUCCCCGGAGUAUUAAAAACUGCUCAACAGUUUUUAAAUAACCAUACUAACCCAAGUGUACUUUCUUCUUUUAUAGAUGGUUCUACUUGGAUAAAUAUGAAAUCAAAAUUUUCUGAUAAAACAGUUUUUCCUAUUUUUUUAUAUUAUGACGAUGCAGAAAUGGGAAAUCCUUUAGGUUCCCAUUCAGGAAUCCAUAAAAUUGGAUGUAUUUAUUACACUAUUCCCGCAUUCCCCCCUGAGUACUUAUCUUCAUUGGACAAUGUUUUUGUUGCAUUUUUAUUCCACUCUUCUGAUCGUAGUCGCCAUAAAAUUUCUAAUAAGAAAAUGUUUAGAGCAUUGAUAAAAGAAUUAAUUGAAAUUCAAGAAUACGGAAUUCAGUUAUCUAAUAACAUAACUAUUUACUUUGCAUUGGGCUUAGUACUAGGGGAUAACUUGGGACUGAACUCAAUAUUAGGUUUUGUUGAAAGCUUUUCAGCUAAUCACUAUUGUAGGAUUUGUCGCUCUCCAAAAUCAGAUCUCAAAAAUUUUAUUUGUGAGUCAAAAUUACUCAGAAAUAAAAUAAAUUAUGAAAGCGAUUUAAUACAAGCUAAUGUUUCUGUAACUGGAUUGAAUGAACGUUGUAUUUUUAAUGAUGUACCAAAUUUUCAUGUAACUGAAAACAUUGUAUGUGAUUUUAUGCAUGACGUUCCCGAAGGUGUAGCACGAUAUGAUAUGGCUGUAAUUAUAAAUAACUUAAUUAAAAAUAAUUUUUUUAGCAUCGAUGACUUAAAUAGUCGUAUAGAAUUAUUUGAUUAUGGCGUAUUGGAAAGUAAAAACAGGCCACCUUGUAUUACCCUGGGAAAUUUGAAAAAUGGUAUGAUUAUCAUGUCUGCAGCAGAAAUGUUAUGUUUCGUACGAUACUUUGGCCUUAUUAUUGGUGAGCUGGUCCCUUUAAAAUGUGAUGUAUGGAACCUUUAUCUUACUUUAAGAAAAAUUAUUGAUUUGUGUUGUGCCAGAAACGUUCAAAAAGAAUGUGCUGUUCAACUAGACAACUUAGUUGCUGAACAUAAUCGACUAUACUUAUUGCACUCUCAGUCUAAAUUAAAGCCAAAAUUUCAUGUUUUAACACAUUAUGGUCGUCUUUUACUGAAAAAUGGGCCAAUUAUUUUGACUUCAUCUAUUCGUUUUGAAGCAAAGCAUAAAAUUUUAAAAUCAAUUUCCAAUUCUGUGCCAUGUAGAAUUAAUCUUGGUCAUACCUUAGCAUAUAAAAUUCAAUUACAAAUGGCAAGCCGAUUACUUAAACAAGAGGGUUUAAGAGCUGAUUUGGAAAUUGGCCCAGGACAAAGUUUUCUAUCUGCAGUUCAAUUUACCCAUUUGUUUCACCAGGCAAUGCCUGAUGAAUUAAAAAAUAUUUCUCUUCUUGUAUCUUGGUGUAAGUACAAAGGAAUAUUUUAUAAGCCUGGUGUGGUUUUGACUUUAGAGGUGAAUUUAGAUGGUUGUUUAUUUGGUAAAGUUGAGAAAAUACUUAUUGGAAAAUCAAUGAUUCCCUACUUUAUAGUUAAACCAUUAUAUUCUGUAGGUUUUAAUGAUCACUUUUAUGCUCACGAAGUAGAAGACAAUACUAAUACCUAUGAUCUAAUUGGAUACUAUGUUAAUCAAAUACCUGAUUCAACCCCAUCGGUUACCCGGGUUUUAGGUGAUGGUAGUCUUUAUGUAACCAUAAGAUAUGCUUUAUAA